AUGCCAGGGGUCUAUGGAGGCGAUGAUGUGUCGGCCAUCGUCAUCGAUGCAGGCAGCAGCACGAUGCGUUUCGGUUGGGCAGGGGACGACGCACCACGCGCAGUCGUGCCCAGCACCUACUCUUGGCUCCCCGAUCCCAACGAGGAGCGACAGGCAUCACCCAAAAGCACAGCCGAUGGCGAUGCUAUGGAUGUGGACGCAGCUGAUGCGUCGAAUGGAAACGCCACUGGUAAUGGGCGCGUCAACGGUGGUGCGCCGCUGAUCAAUGGCAAGAGGAAACAAUUGCCGGAGAAGUACUCGUUGGACAAGGGUCAACGCCGAAGAAGGUUUGUUGGCGAGGCUUCUAAUGCUUGGAGAGAAGGGGCAGAGGUGGACACGCCCUUCACGGACGGUACGCGUGAGUGAGAUGCCUCGCAACGUUUGCUGUUGGUUUGGGAAUGCAGCUGACUUGUGAUCUGAUUCGCCCUCGACUCGCUUCUCUUCACCCUCGGUCUUCUCACAGUCGCAUCCCCAGCCGCAUACUUGGCUAUCGCUCAACACGCUCUGACCGGGCUGAUGGGCGCAGACGUCUGCGAGCACCCUUUGCUGCUAAGCGAGCCUGCGUGGGCGACAAAGGAGAGCAGAGAGGAGAUGAUCGAGUUGGCGUUCGAGGCGCUCGAGGCGCCGGCAUUCUACCUCGCCAACUCCACCGUCUUGAGCUCGUAAGUCGCCAAAUACCGUCAUUGCUUUUGUUAGGUCUAGCGGCUGAGCGCGAUUUCUUCUUGUCCACCUCUCUCCUCGUGCAGGUUCGCUGCAGGCAAGCCAACCUCGCUUGUGCUGGACGUGGGUGCGACUCACGCUUCUGCUAUACCCGUCGUGGAUGGUUUCGUGUUGCGGAAAGGCGUGCGGCGCUCUGCAGGUCUGGGAGGCGACGCCGUAUCACGUGCUCUGCUGUAUGAUCUCUCCACCUCCGCACCGCAACAAACUCCGCGCGCUGGUGGCCUGGUCAACAUCGUGCCGCAAUAUCUGGUGCGCAGCAAGACCGUCGUCGGCCCUGGGAAAGCGUCUCAAGCUAUCCUGCGCCAAAGGCCGGCAUCGGAAAGCUAUAGACACCUGACCAAUUAUAGAGUGCUACAUGAAGCCAAGGAGACGCUGGCCCAGGUGCUUGAGAUGGGAUGGGAGGAUGGUCAGGCUUCUAUCAGACCAAAUCGACCAUUCGAAUUCCCCGAUGGAUACGUGGACACUUUUGGAAUUGAGCGCUUCAGAGCGCCGGAGGUCAUGUUCUCUCCUCAAAAGCUGUGGGGUGAUAAGCCCGGCGUGGUGAGUACACAUGUCUCUGUCGUGAGCUCAAAGCGACUUGUGUAUUCAAUGGAGGAGCGACCCUUUCCACCACCCAUUUGUUUGCAGCUCCCAGCUCCGACGUCUGGCACUUCGAGCCUAUUGUCCAUCCCACAGCUCGUGCUGGAUGCCAUCAACAGCACCGAUGUCGAUUCUCGACCUGCUUUGUUUGGAAAUGUGGUCUGUGUGGGAGGAGGAAGUUGCAUACCUGGAUUCAACGAUCGCUUGUCUUAUGAGCUCAGCGUGGCUGCACCAUCUGUGAGUCGUACAACACCCCUGCGCCAGAAUUCUUACGCUAAUCGAAGCUUUCUCCAUGUGCGGGGCUACUAAAACUACAGCAAAAGAUCAAAAUUCAUAGUCCGGGCAACACGGUGGAAAGGAGGUUCAGCUCUUGGCUUGGUGGCAGUAUACUUGCUAGUCUGGGUACUUUUCACCAGCUAUGGAUCAGCAAGCAGGAGUAUGAGGAGCACGGUGCAGCAAUCGUUCAUUCUCGGUGUCGCUAA